AUGAUCAGUCGCAAUGAUCGUUGGGACCUUCAUCCUACUCUUGGCUGGUUUACUUGGCAUAAGGGAUCAUCGACGACUGCCCAAAUCUGUGAGAGAUUAGAUCAGUUCGUAGCCAAUCUUGACUGGCGUAAUUUGUUCCCGCAUGUAGAGGCUACAAGCGAAUUCACUGCUGCCUCGGACCAUUGCUAUCUCUUACUUAAUUCAUCGCCAUUGCCUUCUGCAGAUAUUCAUCAACUCCCUAGUUAUUUUAAAUUUGAUGAUUGUUGGAAACAUGAUCCGAUGUGUGUGGCUAAAGUUUGUGUUACCUGGAAUCAAUCAGGUGCAGACCAAUGUCAGAUGAUAAUUUUGAACCAGUUUGCUGCUCUCAACCGUGAACUUCAUCAAAAAUUAAAUUCCACGGAAGCUUAUUGGCGUCAACGUUCCAGGAUAAUUUGGUUGGCUCAAGGUGACCGUAAUACUUCAUAUUUCCAUGCUCGUUCCUCAAACCGGUGCAAACACAAUCAUGUUAAGGAACUUUAUUCUCAUUCUGGUAUCUGGAUUGAUGAUAUCUCAGACAUUCAUAAAAAGGAUGCGAGUUAUUUUUCGACUCUUUAUUUGUUAUCUAAUCCUCUUUCAUCGGCUAUCAUUCUCUCCACUGUUACUCCAAUGGUUACUGAAGAGAUGAAUAAUAGACUUCUUCAGGAAUUCACUGAGGAGGAGAUUUAUUCGGCCUUCCUUCAGAUUCAUCCUCAAAAGGCACCGAGUGUUGGUUUACCGGGAAAUCUGCUUAAUGGUCGUCAUUCUAUGGACGAUGUAAAUCGCACUGUGUUGGUGCUCAUUCCUAAAGUUAAUGAACAAGGGCGAAUAUCGCAAGUUAGUCCGAUUGCUCUUUGUACUGUUAUUUAUAAAAUUGUUGCCAAAGUUCUUGUUAAUCGAUUACGCCCACUUCUAACGGAUUGUAUUGAUGAUAAUCAAAAUGCAUUUAUUCCUGGUCGCUUAUUUACGGAUAACUAUCGUAUCAGGUGCGGAUUAAUGGGUUUCUUACAGAUUGUUUCACUCCGACUUGUUGUUUACGCCAAGGCAACCCGCUGUCCCCAUUUCUCUGUGUUGUGUGCUCAGGGACUCUCGUCUUUGUUGCAUUGGGAACAAGCUCAUAAUCGUAUUCUUGGUCUACGGGUUUGUCAAAACGGUCCACGUAUUACACACCCCUUCUACGCGGAAGAUUGUCUGUUGUUUUUACGCAAUUCCGAUGCUGAAUUCACCCGGAUUCGUGAUAUUCUGGCUUUGAAUGAGCAACUUUCUGGGCAAAAAGUUAAUUUCACCAAGUCGAGUAUUUAUUUCUCACCAGCUACACCUGAACGUCAGUCACACCUUUGUUCUCUAGUUGGUGUUUCGGCUGUUGAUGAUCCGGGUAUGUAUCUUGGGAUGCCCCUUCUUGAAGAAUUAGUCGUUUGGUUUUCUUCGUGA